GUCCUUGGGAAGCUUGUGGAUCCUAUUAUUUUCUGCUUCUGAGUGACAGCUUGUUUAAAUCGGAACUGCGAUCUUUUUUAUAGAUCUCCAUCAAAUAUCAUGGCACACAAUCCACUACUUCUCGGAAUUCCAAGAGUCCCAGUGAAAGUAAAUGAAAGACCUCCAACUAUCCAGGAAUUGUACAGGACCCUAAGGAUAUGCCUACAAUAUGUGGAGGAUGGUUGCAACAUUUUCAGCCGUCUGAUCUCCGCCCUCGAGGCCAUCAACUUUUCAUCUUUUCUGCGCGACAACCGCCUGAACGAACCGGAGAUGCGCCGCCUGCUCCCGAUGCUAGGUCAGCGACUGACCAGUCUGCGUAUUCAGUUGGCUGACAUUAGUACGCUCUUCAACGCCUGUCGGACUUUCAGGGUUCGCUGCCUGGGCGGAGUAAAGAAUUGCAUUAUCUUGUCGGGACGAGAGGGGCAAAAUAAGUUCGCCAUCCUAAUGCUUGGCAGGCUGAUUCCCAAUGUACAGAUGCUUCACAUCUUCGCACCCAUCGAUAGUCGCUUCCCAAUGCUGCGACACCUUCGGACCGUUUAUGUGGGUGGAAAGAUAAGCCAAGAGGCUCUAGAUGACCUGUUCACCUACUCGCCCAUGCUGGAGAAUUUCGUUUUGAGGGACGGUUACCCGGACAUCAAAAAAAUUGGCAGGUGCCGGCUUCUUAAGGAGACUAUCUUGCCUCUACAACUGCGCUCAGCGCCGGCCAUUUACCAUCUGGAAAAUCUCACCCACCUAUCAAUGGUGCGCCAGAAACUGUGGCCGGGAAUGGACUGGCUGCCAACCGUGCUUGCCAUCAUCCAUGCCAAGCGCCAUCAGAUUCAGCGCCUCACCUUUGACGGCUCCUGGCUGGUGCGCCCCCUGAAUUUCGCGAGGCUCAAACUGAACGAUUGCACCGCCCUGGAUGAGGUGCGAUUCAGCAACUGCAAGCUCAAGGAUGUCACCGUGCCGCCGUUGCCCCUCUGCUGCAAGAAUAUAGCUUUUCGCCGCUGCACCCUGGGCAAGUUGAAUUCUUUUCUGAGGUUCCAUCCCUUAGUACGCGAGAUCCAAAUUAUCAACAGCCAGCUCCAGUGGGAUGUUCCUGUCCUGAACCGCCUUCUUGCCUUACGGAAGUUCCAACCGGUUCAGGAACCACUCCUAAUUACUUUUUGCCAGUCUACGAAGCUGCGAUCGGAGUACACGAAGUGGAGAAGGGAGGACAUGGACGCAGCCAAGCCGUUUCUGCAAGUGAAGGAGAUUGAUCCCCACCAUGUGAAACCCUGGAAGAUCCAGGCCGGCAUGAUCUCCAUGACUUUUGGCAGGCCCGUAAAUUAUGCUCCCGAAAUUCGACCGUUAGGGGAGGAUGAUCCUACUGCUGCCGAUGUACUCCUAGACCUGCGAUGAGAUUUUUUACAGUUUUGUUUUCUUUUCAUGCUUUUUUUUUUAAUAUAUUUUUUUUAUAUGAUUCUUAUAUUUUUCUAAAAUCUUUUUAACACAUUUUUUUGUCAUUUUUUUUCAUUACUAAAGAUUUGUCUACCCUCUACUAAAAUUAAACGAGAGGCUUAAAAAUUUGUUGAAAAUAAUAAGGAAAAUUUCAAAAUAAAUAGAAACACAUAAAUUAUUAAAUACAAGAACCAUGCUCUCCCUACACCUUGCCUCGACAGAUGCUCCCAUUCACUUCAAGAGGCUCCCAACAUACAUAUAAACGAAAUCAAGUCUAACCCUGAAAAGCUUUUGGCAUCUGUUCCUUAAUUUAGGAUCGCCAUUUUUCCAGUUGGGUAAAUUUCUGUUUAUCAGAGAGCACAUAAAUAACGAAAAAGUUGCCAAAAACAACAAAUGGAAAUGAAAUUUAUGUGUACCGCAUGUAAUUAAUAAUAAAAGAAAUCGCGCAAACAAAUUAAAUGGUUCAGUGUGUGUUUAACUUGCCUGUUAGCUUGUCCAGAACGGCGCUUAAUUAGGCCAACUUCGACCACCCACUCAUAUGGCCGCCAUACGUCCUCAUGGCGCUCAUGCCAAACCGUUUUCCCCGAACUUUAUGUUUGAGGCAACUUAAUGGGGUCCAGGACGGCCAGCACAGCUCUGACUAAUCGGGUUAACCCAAUCCCAAAAGCAAUGCUAAACAGGUGUAAUUGGGUGUUACCUAUGCUGGCCAGGGAAUAGGGAGAGGCGGCAGGUGGAAAAGCGAUGGCAGAAAGCAAAGAUCGUAAAUUCAGUUACUGGGGACUGAGUGGCAGGAGGGAUUAACUACAAG